UCUAGCUCAACAGUUGGGGUUUCGUCCAGCUAGCUCCCGCCGGGAGUUCACCGGAGGGAGGUGAAAGAGCAGUUCCCUCUUCUCUGUCCGAUCGCCUCCAUCGCAGGAGUUAUCCAUUUGCCGGGAAUGGUCGGAGCUCAGAGCAGGGCAAGGAGAAGGCUUGCUGCUCGUUUCUCGAGGCCCGAGGUUAGACAUAUGGAGAUGUUGCUCCGGGAGGGUAAAGAUGAACUGUCGGAUCCAAAAUUUCACCAAAAACUCGCUGAUGAAUUUAAUGCUAAAGAUCGAGCUGAAAAGAAAGCCAUACAGGCGCAGCAGAUACAAAGAUGGUUCCUGAACAGGCAACAUAUUGAGAAAAUUGAGGAUAUUUCAUCAUCCAGUUCUUCAAAAGAAAUGGAUCCUGCUGGGGAUGAAAACAUGCCAAAUAAUGCUGUUCAAUGUUUUGAUUUUCCUGAAGAUGAUUGCGAUGAGAUUUCUGAAGGAUUUGUAAUGGAAUUUGAGGCAAAGUCCUACAGAGAUCAAGCAUGGUAUGACGUCUCUACAUUUCUUGCGCAUAGAGUUCUCACUUCUGGAGAAGUUGAAGUUCGUGUGAGUUUCCUUGGCUUUGGCCCUGAGGAAGACGAGUGGGUCAACGCCACCAAGGCUGUUAGAGAUCGAUCCAUACCUAUGGAGGCUUCUGAAUGCUGGAGGGUUAAUGAAGGAGACAUUCUUCUCUGUUUUCGAGAGAAAGAUGAAACUGCUUACCACUUUGAUGCGCACGUUGUUUCGAUUGAGCGAAGAAUUCAUGAUAAUAGGGUUUGUAGCUGCGCCUUCUUGGUACGAUAUGUUCAUGAUCAGGCUGAGGAGAUUGUUCAACUCAGCCAAUUAUGCCGUAGACCAUGAUAUCAGUAUGCUUGCCAAUUAUGCCGUAGACCUUGAUGUCAGUAAUCAUGGUUUGUAAUUUUUUUUUGGAAGAUUUACAUGC